GUCGAGAAAAACAGAAAUUUGCUACCUACAUUUAUUUACAUAUAUUGAUAGUAAUAUUUGUAAUCUGGAUGGAGCAUCGUUCAUGUCGGACUAUAAAAAGGCGCUGCGUAAUGCGAUUAGAAGUUUGAAUCCUUCCACUAGAUUUUACGCAUGCUGGUUUCAUUUCUGCCAGGCGUGUAAAAAAAACGCCAAAAAAAUUAGUGGGUUCGAAGUUGAAACCAAACGCAACAGGAGUUUCUACACAAUUUUUAUGAAGUUUCUCCAUCUUCCUAUGCUUCUACCCAAUUUAAUUGAACCAACUUUCGCCAUACUAAAAAAAGAAGCUUUUGUUCUUAACAAAAAUAUUUUUCAACGCUUUUUGACUUAUUAUGAUAAGCAGUGGCUAAAAUCUGAAGGACCUGACCGCAUUUCCGUUUUUAAGAGAGCCCUCAGAACGACAAGUUCUCUUGAGGCCUACAAUUUAAAUUUAGGGAAUAAAAUUCACACCAAAGGACAUUUCUUCUUCAAAAAGUCGAGAAUUCGCGCUUUUAUUUCAAAAUGGAGGAAAUGCCCCACAAAAGCGUUAUUUAAAGGACCGUUCUCAAAAAAUAAUGGAUGCGAUGGAUCUUUUGGAGUCAAAAGAAAUUGAUGUGCAAGGAUUCUUGUCUCGAACCCUUGCCUUAAAUGAUCGCUUCAAAAAUCAGGAUCUUUUUAAUAAUUUUGCACUCGAAAACGAAGGCCUCAGAUUGGAGAACAUGGCGGCUCUGAGUAUUUCGGAAUCAUCGGUUUCCUUGAAUGAUUCGAAUCUCAGCCAAAUGUCAGAGUCGGAAAUAACCCAACAGAAUCCAUGUAAUGUGUGCUUAGUCAGCCCAAAAUCUGUUUUGUUGCGACCUUGCAAACCAUCUAAACGUCUGCAAUCAGUGUUGGG